AUGAACUCGCUCAACGCCCUGGGAAACCGCCAGGUCGCGAGUUUGAAUGCCGACCUGCAGCGUAUGGAGGCUGGCGAGGGAGGUUCCAACAUCCAGGGUGUCAGCGCCGGAGAUGAUGAUUCUCAGGCGGACAAUAGUCCUGCGGUGGUCACGUCUGCGCUCUUGGCUGCUCAUCGGUAUAUCGCUGACAGCUCAGGCCAAAUCACAACAACACUCGCUGCUCUGUCCCGACUUAUCGACGAUUAUGACUCGAUGGCGCGGAAGGAGAUGGUUGCCGCCGCGCGAGAGAAGGCAAACACUCGCGUCGAGAAGCUCAAGGGGGAACACAAGAACCUGAAGACGCGGUUCGAGAAGGCGAAGAACGCCGGAUCAGAGAAGAACCGCAACGAGCUGCUUGGAAUCUCUUCAGCAACGGGCGGCGCGGGGCCGAGCGGGAGCGCAAUGCAGCGACGAACGGCGAACGGAGCCGAUGUGCCGGAAUCGCCAUUCGGACACAGCGGAUAUGCGCCGAACUACCCGACGUCGCGCGAGGACUAUGCGCUACGCGAGCACUCGUUCAUCCGCGAGUCCGAGAACCUGAUCGACGGGUACAUUGCCCAGGGAACGCUGGCGCUGCAGGACCUGGUCGAGCAGCGCGGGAUUUUGAAGAAGACGCACCGCAAGCUGCUCGAUGCGGCGCACACGCUCGGCGUGUCGCGCGAAACGAUCGGAUGGGUCGAGCGCCGAACGACUGGUUCAUCUUCUUCGGCGGUGCCGCAUUCACCCUCCUUUGCUUCUGGCUCAUUUACCACUACCUUGGUUAGACUUGUCCCCGCCGAGACACCACAUACCUCCUACGACGAUACCCAUACCUGA